CUGAUGUAAAAAGUGUCAUUCGAUAUUUUGCUAGUAAUAUCAUUCUUGCAUUUCGAUUUAAAUAAAUUUGUGAGAAAAAAGGUUUUUAUAAUAGUUAAAAUUGGCGCAACUGAAGAGACCAUGGAGGGUUCUAUAACUGAACCGCCACGCAAGCGCUUUGGUCAGUCGCGAAAGAAUAUUAAUACUCAAAGAGACAAAGAAGUUUAUCGAAAACUAAAAAGAAAGUAUGUUAGGAGAAAACAUAACACCAUUGUUAAAACUGCACCUCAAAAGAAGUGUAAAGGGACUGCAGCUUCUACUUAUCCUACAUUUCCUACUUACCUCACGGGGCAGCCUAUAUGUGUUCAUAAUGCAGAGUUUGUGGAUCUCUUGUUAGCUCGUAAAGAACAAGCUUACCCAAAUAUGCCCGGACGUAGAGUUUAUAAGCGUGUCAAUAAAAUUGAUAACGAAAAAAAGGAAAAUAAAAUGAAAAAAGUGUCCCGUGAUGCGGUUGAUGAUUGGCCCAGACGUUUCCGUGCCUAUAAGCACCUAUCAAGCCCAGCAUAUGAAAAUUGGUUUUUCAACGGUGUAUUGCCAGCAAUUAAAUACGAUAAAGAAAAACCUGUGUCAACUAAUCAGUCUGAUGUUCUAAAAAAAGUUAAUUAUCUAACAGGAAACUUAAUCGAAGUUAAGGAGUCGAUAAAGUCUUUGAAAGUAAAGACUGAAAUUGCUGAGAAAGAUGAAGAUCCUAAAUUACAUUUGUGGGCCCACAAAUGGAAUGAAAAGGAAUCAAACAAAGAGGAAUUAAAAUUUAUUAAAACAACUAGUGGAACAGAGGAGGAAGUAACAAAGGAGAUAUGUAAACGUAAUUUAUUGGAUCAUGUCACUACAGAGCAAAAGGCAAUAGAGAAUAUUUUAAACGAAAUGGAAGGCAAUAUAAAAGCUUUGGAGGCCAAGAUGAAAGCGGAUAACAUUCCACCUCUUGAUUUGGAAACAUUCAAGAAAAUGUUUCAACAUUAAAUUAUUCCAUAAUGAUUUUCUAUAUAUAAUGUAAUGUAAAUGUGAGCAUAAUGUUA